GUUAGUGUUAGUUGAGUGGAGUCAGUGUGAAGUGGUGACAUGUUGCUGAGGAGCGUCUGGAUUCUGCUGUCAGGCUUCACUGCUGCUGCUGCUGCUGCUGCUGCAGUGUUUGUCCAGAAGCACGAGGCGAAUGGCGUGCUGCAGAGAUGGCGGCGAGCCAACAGUGGCUUCCUGGAGGAGCUGAAACAAGGAAACCUGGAGAGGGAAUGUAUCGAGGAGAUAUGUGACUAUGAGGAGGCGCGAGAAGUUUUUGAAGAUGACACCCAGACGAGGCAGUUCUGGCUGACGUACGACCGUCGCGACCCCUGCCUGAUUAACCCGUGUCGUAACAACGGCUCAUGUGUCCACAUGGGGACGUCCUAUGAAUGUCACUGUCCCGAAGGGUUUGAAGGACAACACUGUCAAACGGUGAUAGAAGACAUCCUGAAGUGUCUCUACCAGAACGGACACUGUCAACAUUUCUGUGACAGCUCAGGACAAAGACGGAAAUGUUUCUGCGCUGACGGAUACAAACUGGGAGAAGACGGGCGGCAGUGUGUUGCUCAGGUGGAGUAUCCGUGUGGUCAGCUGCCUCCACAAGAAACAGGCCUGAACCAGACUGUGGUGGAUCAGACCAGACUGGUGGGGUCCAACCACUGUCCCAAAGGAGACUGUCCAUGGCAGGUUCUGGUUCGGUUAAAAGGAAACAGUCACUGUGGAGGAGCUCUGAUCAGUCCAAACUGGGUCGUCAGUGCCGCCCACUGUAUCCAUGGCAACAACCCUCAAAGCCUCACUGUGGUGGCAGGGGAACACAAUUUGGACGUGGAAGAAGGCACCGAGCAGAUCAUACCUGUUUCCAUGGCGAUCUCCCAUGACGGCUAUGUACCGGCAACGGGUGACAGUGAUGUCGCCUUGUUGCAGCUGAGUCGUCCCAUCACUCUGAACCGCCACGCCAUCCCUGUCUGCCUGCCCACCAGAGACUUCGCUCAGCAGGAGCUCCUCCCAGUCCGCUACCACACCGUGUCAGGCUGGGGCAAGAGGACCAGCGGGGGCAACGCUGACAUCUCCGGGGCGACUCCCACUGUCCCGGUCUCCCCUGUCCUCCGUAGGAUGUCCGUCCCCAUCGUCCAGAACUCCCAGUGCUCCCAGAGAGCCCAGUUCAACUUCACUGACAACAUGCUGUGUGCCGGAUACCUGGAAGGUCGUCAGGAGAGCUGCCGCGGCGAUGACGGGAGCCCGCUGGUCACACCCUACGGCUCCACACACUUCCUGAUGGGCGUGGUCGGUUGGGGCCGGGGUUGUUCACACCCGGGGUAUUAUGGGGUGUAUACCAACAUGGCCAACUUUGUGGACUGGGUGGAGGGCAUCAUGAAAGACCCGCCCACGAUGAUGACGAUGGAGAAAGCUUUGGAGAUGCUGGAACAGAAACUGGUUUACAGAAUAUGUUUAAGCUCUCCCUUCUCCUGCCCUGCCUCCUGCCCCUCCCCCUUCUCCUCUUCCUCCUGCCCCUCCUCCUUGCUCAGGUCACUGUCCUCCCUGUGGCCCCUCGCCCUCCGUCCCUCCUCCUCCCUCAGGUCACUGUCCUCCUUGUGGCCCCUCCCCCUCCGUCCCUCCGUCCCUCUGUCCCUCUGUCCACAUUCAGACUGUGUUCCUUCAUCUCAUCACAGAAUAAUUCAAGCUCGCCGUCCACCCCAGGCCAUGUUUUGGUUUCACCGCCUGUCCCUCGGCCUCCUGCUGCUGCACCUGGCCGCCACCGCCGCUCACGUAGUCUUUUUGGACAACGAGGCGGCCAAUCAGGUUCUGACCCGCAGAAGACGAGCCAAUAGCUUCUUGGAGGAGCUGAAACAAGGCAACAUGGAGCGGGAGUGCGUGGAGGAGCGCUGUGACUGGGAGGAGGCGCAAGAGAUCUUCGAGGACAAAGACAAAACUAAUGAAUUUUGGGCCAAAUACGUUGAUGGCGACGCAUGCGAUUCCAUGCCCUGCGCUCAUCAAGGACUCUGCAAAGAUGGGAUCGGCAGCUACACCUGUUACUGCCAGCCCGGGUACCAGGGCUUCAACUGCGAAAUUGUUAUUCCUGAGCUCUGUGAGAAUAAAAAUGGAGGCUGCCAACACUUCUGCAACGUGGUGCGAGGAAACGUUGAGUGCUCCUGCGCCAACGGAUACUUCCUGGGACCAGAUUACAAAUCCUGUGACUCCAAUGAACCCUUCAAAUGUGGUGCCAUCAUCAGCGGAAAGACACGGACUGUUUUCAGGUAUGACCGCCAGAACACCACAAAGGAGGACGCCACCGGGUCCAACCUGACGGACCUCAGCACCAACUCCACCCAGCACCAGUCCAUGUCCAACACGUCCUCACUUCCUGGGAACACAAGCAACAAUAGGGUCCUUCCAGAGUUUGCGAUCUUUGAAGAGGAGAUCUUGUCUGAGAACAUGGGUACGACCCGCAUUGUCAACGGAGAGGACUGUCCACCGGGACAAUGUCCAUGGCAGGCUCUCCUCCUGAACGAGGAGGACCGAGGGUUCUGCGGAGGAACCAUCCUCAACGAGUAUAUUAUUCUGACCGCCGCCCACUGCAUGAACCAGUCACGCUACAUCUAUGUCAAGCUGGGUGAGUUUGACGUGGCGGUGGAGCAUGGGAAUGAAGCCACGCACCAGGUGGAGACCAUCAUCACCCACAACAAGUACAGACCAGACACCUACCACAACGAUAUCGCCCUCAUCAAACUGGUCACACCCAUCACCUUCACCAGAUACAUCCUGCCCGCCUGCAUCCCAGAGGCCGACUUCGCUGAGAAGGUGCUGAUGCGGCAGUCGGUGGGCAUCGUAAGCGGUUUCGGCCGUGUCGGCGAGGGGCGGCAGCCAUCCCAGAUCCUGCAGCGCCUUGCCCUACCCUAUGUGGAUCGACACACCUGCAUCGAAUCCACCCAGCUGCGAAUCUCCUCCCGCAUGUUCUGCGCAGGCUACGACACAAUAGCCAAGGAUGCCUGCCAAGGUGACAGCGGUGGGCCGCAUGUCACAAGCUACGGCAACACCUACUUCAUCACCGGCAUUGUGAGCUGGGGUGAAGGCUGCGCACGCAAAGGCAAAUAUGGCAUCUACACUCAGGUGUCCAAGUACAUCCGCUGGAUCAACGAAGGCAUUGAAAAACUGGUGCCCAAAGAGCAGGGCGGCGGCACGGCAAGGAGGCGCCGUGGAGCCAUCCAAAGGCUGGUUCUGUAAGACGCUGCCCGCUGGUUUUCAUUGGUUGAGACCAUCAAGCAGAGAUCAGCCACACUUUGUGUGUCUCGUAAUCAUUGAUGUUUCCACGUCACAAACUCUGAACAACUUUUAUCAUCUGACAACAUUUAAAAAACCAACAGUCUUAAAACUGCAGUCAUUACUAUGUUUGGCCACUGGGGGGCAGCACAACAUCCUGGCAAUAACAAUGCUCAACCUAUGAUUAGCUUCUAGUGGCUAACACGUUAACAAACAGCAGAGAACCAUGAUCACUGACAGGGUCCUUUAUAACUGUAGGGGUUCCUCAGGGUUCUGUUCUCGGUCCCUUGAUAUUUGAGUUAACAAGGCUUUAAUGAGGCAGCAGAUCUGUAAUCAGCUUGUAAAGCAGUCAUUGCUAACACGUUAGCAUACGUUAGCGUUCAGUCUUGUUAAAACAUUUCAAAUGUGUGUGUUUCCUGUGUUGUUUAUCAGCCGCUGUCAGGAAUGAACUUUUAAAAAUAAAGAAAUAUAAUAACAUGACAA